AUUUCAAGAAAAGAACUCUCUUGCAGCUCUGUCCCAGCUCUUACUAUAUAUAAACCAGCCUUCACUUACAAAAAAAAUCAAUUCUCUCUCUCUGAUCUCUUCUCUUCACUAAAAAAAUAGUACUUCAUCAUUUCUCAACAUCUCUGUAUAAACACACAUCUUUAUAAUUUACAACAACUACACUGCGUAUCAGCGUUUGUUGAAGUUACCACAACUGCCUACAAAACACAGAGCAAAAACAAGUGGAAGAAAACUUCAAGAAAAGGCAUUUUUCAUACAUUAACAAUGUCUUUAGAGCUACCAAAUUAUUCAGAAACUGAAUCUAUGUGCAACUCUUCAUGUUCACCUUCAUCUGUUAUUCUUCAUCAUCCACUUCCACAAAUCAACUCAAAAAAUCGACUCAAAAGAUGUGGAGAUGAACAAGAAGAAAACAACGAUGAUGGCAAUAUAGUAAAUUGCAAGAAAAAUGGUGGCAAAACUAAUAGUAAUGAUGGGAAACAUCCAUCUUACGUUGGUGUUAGAAUGCGCGCGUGGGGUAAAUGGGUGUCUGAAAUUCGUGAACCAAAGAAGAAAUCUCGUAUUUGGUUAGGCACUUUCGCCACGCCCGAAAUGGCGGCGCGUGCACACGACGUUGCUGCUAUGUCUAUUAAAGGAAACUCAGCUAUACUUAAUUUCCCACAAUUUGCCGAUUUAUUGCCAAGACCUGUCACGUGCUCCCCACGUGACGUUCAAGCUGCUGCUGUUAAAGCUGCUCAUAUGGAACAUCUCAUUCCAAACUCAUCGGAAUCUUCGCCCGACGUGUCGAUGACGUCAUCAUCGUCGUCGUUGGUUUCGGGCAUUUCCUCGUCCUACGGCGACGAGGAGUCGACACUGCAGCCAGAGGCAGCGGAAUCGAUGACGUCAUCCUCGUCGUCGACAGACAAGAACAACAAUAGCAUGCUCAAUGUAGUCCCACAAGUGGAGUGUGGAGAGAAUAAGAUGUAUGCUCACCUUACUCCUACUUUUGUGGGGCCGUCAUCCUCGUCGUCAGACAUUUCCUCGUUGUCAACAAACAAGGACAACAAUAACAUAGCUAAUAUAGUUCCACAAGUGGACUCUGAAGAGAAUAGAAUGUACGCAGACCUUACUCCUAUCUUUGUGGGGACGUCAUGCUCGUCGUCGCUGUCAUUAAUUUCGGGCAUUACCUCUUCAUGUGACGAGGAGUUGACGGGGCCGCAGGUUACUGCGGCGCCGCAACAGGAGGAGCUGAGCGAGAUAGUGGAGCUACCAAGACUCGGUACUAGUUACGACUCAGUUGAGUCAACUCAGGAAGUGCUGAGUUUGUUCGAGUCAGAUGGAUGGUGGGACUAUGGAAACUGUGAAUAUUUUUUUGGUGAAGAGAAUAAUAUUAGUAGUAUGGGAUUUACAGGAUUAGAAGCUGUGGUAUCAAGCAGUUUUGAGAGUUUUUUAUGGCAACAUUAGAAUAAAAAAUGGUGUGUUCUUUUCUUUUUUGCUAAUCUUAUUUUUAUUUUAAUUAGUUUAUACUUUUGCUUUGAUUUAGGUAUACUAUUGAUCAAAGGGAUGAACUUUAUACGUUUCUUGCAUCUCAAGCAGUACUUUUUGCCAGUUUGCUAUGGCAUUUUACAGCUAUUGAUAUUCUUUAUGAUAUGGUGAAAAAGACUAUUGGAUAA